AUGACCAGUGCGGUGAAGAGAUCAUAUCCUUUCGGUUCCCGACCAACAUCUCUAGUGGACGAAACUCAUCAAUUCAAGGUUCCGCAGGCCCCGUUGCACAAAAAAAUGUCAAUGACUCCUACUAGUAUUAACUCUCCUGCCGAGACUUCAUGGAGAAUGAACAAGUCGUCAAUGAACGUUCCUGGUAAUUCCAUCGUUGUUCCCGAUAAUAAGACGGUGACAACGGUCAACGGCGAAAAAAGUCCCUUGCCAAGUCCGCCCUCAGCUAAAGGGCGCAGGAAUAUGAAAAAUUUACAACUAGUUGUUCCACCGGUCCGUUCAUCCAUCUCGGCUCCAAGCUCACCACAAUUGCCUUCAUCACACACCCACAGCAGGCGCCCUUCAACUCCUUUAUGUGUUUAUCAGAAUAAAGGUCAAGAUAACUCGAAUACUGCUGCCGAUCCAAUGGAGUUAAUGUCAAAAACUGAAAAUGCUAUCGGCGAGGAGUUACCUUACAAGGACGAGCCAAUACUCAUUUUACCAAACCUGUAUCUUGGUUCGGAGUUGAAUGCUGCGAACAGAACAAUGCUCAAUAGAAUCAACAUUGAAUUUAUCUUGAACGUUGCCAAAGAAGUUGAGAAUCCUUAUCUGGAGGAAAUUGUUAACCAUGGUACCUCAUACAAUGAUGAAUAUCAGGACUCUCCGAUGUCAGAAUCGGUUUGUUCUGAUGAUAGUUUCAGAACUGCAAUACAGUCUCCCAUGGGUGCAUCCAAUAACAUCGAUUCUCCAAUGGUCCCUCCUACCUCGUUUGGUGAAUUUUUCACAACUCCCAUUAAUAAACGUUCUUCUUCUACACCGCGUCCUACUUUCACGUCAGCACAGAAUUCAAUGCAAUCCGGUAUUCCUCUUAUCGUUCCAGCAACUUCGGACUUUAAUUCGUUGAAAUAUAAGAAGUUCUUUUGGACUCACAACCAAGAAAACCUAAAUUCGGAUUUUUCAUCAGCUUUUGCAUUUAUCGAUGAAGCUCGUUCGGCUGGCAGAAACAUCCUUGUACAUUGCCAAUGUGGUGUGUCCAGGUCUGCCUCUCUCAUUAUUGGAUACGUGAUGAAGGCCAAUCGUAUGACGCUUAAUCAAGCUUAUGAGUAUGUGAAGAACAAGAGCCCUUGCAUUAGUCCAAACAUGAGUCUUGUAUAUCAGCUGGUUGAUUUUGAGAAGACCCUGAAGUUAGGAUCCAACAACGGUACCAAUUGUUCAUCACCAGGGACUCCCACAAGAUGCAGGGCGGAAUCCAAAACUCAUUCCCGUAGCUCAAGCAUAGAAAGCGAUCUGCUUUUGAAGACUCAUCGACGCAGUACCAGUAUCCCGAGGAGCAAUCCUGUACUUAGUAUUGCUCCUGCGUAUGUCGCACCUGAACCCUCGCCCAAAACUCCUCCCGUCGUCACUGAAGGGCUAUUAACUACACAUUUGCCUCAUCAAUCUACUGUGAAGGGCGGAUCCGGAAGGUUCCACGUUAUCACCGCGUCCAUAUCGCCCACUUCUCCUUCCGCUCCAUCUCCUUCAUCCCCUGCGUCGUCUGUGUCACCAACGAGUUCGGAAUCACCUACAACACCAUCAAGUGGAUCAUCAUCUCCGUCAAAAAAUUCUUCAAAGUCACUACCUCCAUCAAAGAAUGGUCAUUUAACCGUCUCAAAUAGGUCUCGAUCGCCACAUUCCUCAGAUCGUACUCCGCUUACACCAAGAGAAAUAAUUAAUACACCAAUGUCCCCAACAUUUGCAACUUCGAAAUCAAUGUCUACUGCCACACUACAUAAUUCGUCGAUUGCACCUAUCCCUUUUGAUAAUCUUUCCUAUGCCAGAACAUCAAGAAUUGUCGGUCGGAAUCACAGCAUGAUUGGUCACGAAGUGUUGAGUGGCUCUGCAUCUGGAAUUUUUAGCAAAUCCACACUGGAAAGUAUAUUUUCUCCGACAAGAACGUCUCCACCUGUCACUCCAGUCACAAUUCCAAACAUACACGAUAUAUUUCUUGAUGAUGAAUAA